AUGGAAUGUCCUAGUACUGCCCCAAAGUCUAGGAGUUGCAUCGUGUGUCAAAAGGAUUGCAGCGGUCUCGAGAAAUGUCAGAAGUUCCUUGAUUGGGAUGUUGGAUCUCGCUGGACGGUGGUUAAGGAGCAGAAUUUGUGUAGGAAGUGCCUUCGAAAACACUAUGGAGCCUGCCAGGUGAAGGAGCCAUGCGGAAAGAAUGGGUGCACGUAUAAGCACAGCAGUUUGCUGCAUGACGACAAGCGGUAUAGUAAGCCGGCGAAUCCUGCGGAAAGUUGCAACAUGCAUUCCAAGGCAAUGCGGAGAGUCCUGUUCCGUUACGUUCCGGUGACUAUCUACGGUAGGGGAAAGCAGGUCAACACCUAUGCGUUUCUCGAUGAUGGAUCGUCUGCUACCUUGAUGGAGCACAGUCUGCUGAAGGAGUUGGGAUUGAAAGGCACUUCCUAUCCGCUGUGCCUCGACUGGACUGGUGGUCAAAGCCGCGAAGAAAACGAAUCGGUCGUACUAGCAGUGAAGAUUUCCGGAAUCAGCGGAGUGCCUGAUGUGUUCGAGAUGCCAGAGGUCCACACGGUUCGGGAUCUUUCUCUUCCGAAACAGUCGGUGUCGAUACCAAAGAUGGUGGAGAAGUACAGCUAUCUCGCAGGUUUACCGCUGCAGUCAUACGAGAGUGCCUCUCCGCGAAUCCUUAUCGGAAUGAACAACUGCCGUCUAGGAAGCUCGUUGAGGAGCAUUGAAGGAGGUGAGAACGAGCCAAUGGUGUCCAAGACACGACUCGGCUGGAUACUGUACGGUCCCUGUUCAUCGGAGCCCGGUGCGAGGAAUUCUGAUUAUAGUGGCCACCACAGUUUCCACAUCCGCCCGUGCGUCAAGGAGGACGUAAAGGAACUGAAUGCAGCACUUAAGGAGUAUUUUUCGAUCGAGUCGCUGGGGAUUGCCGGAGCGUCAAGGUCGAUGCUGUCGAAGGAUGAAGAGCGCGCUUUGAAGAUCCUGUCCACCGAAACGCGGCUGAUAGAAAACCGCUACGAGACCGGAUUAUUGUGGCGUUAUGACCAAAUAAACUUGCCGAGUAGCAGAGGAAUGGCCCUGAAGCGUCUGGACUGUCUACUAAAGCGGCUGAAACGAGACCCUGAUCUAGCGGCCGCGAUGUCAGCGAAAAUGUCCGACUACGAGGAGAAGGGGUACAUUCGACGACUUUCCGCUCAGGAAAAGGCGGAGAAACAUUCGAACGACUGGUUCUUGCCGAUAUUUCCGGUUACGAAUCCAAACAAGCCAGGAAAGAUUCGCGUUGUAUUCGACGCAGCAGCCAAGGUCAACGGAGUUUCCCUCAAUUCGUAUCUGCUUACGGGUCCCGAUCAGCUAACGUCCCUGUUAUCAGUCCUCUUCAAAUUCCGGGAGUUCAGCGUUGCCGUCGUUGGAGACAUUCGAGAAAUGUUUUUCCAGGUCGCCAUGAAGAAGCAAGACCAGCGAAGCCAGAUGAUUCUGUGGACCAGUGGAAAUGAGAGCGGAGAUCCCGAGGUGUAUGUAGUGACGGUGAUGACCUUUGGGGCGGCAUGUUCUCCAAGCAGUGCACACUACGUGAAGAAUCGAAACGCUGACCGAUUCGAGGAGCAGUACCCUAGGGCGGUGCAGUGUAUCAAGUACGAGCACUACGUUGAUGACAUGCUGACAAGCGUCGAAACCGAGGAGGAGGCGGUGAAGCUAGCUGAUGAGGUAAGAUGGAUCCAUGCGCAAGGAGGUUUCGAGAUCCGAAACUGGCUUUCAAACUCCAGUUAUGUCGUUAAAAGUCUGCGUGAGGAGCCAAUCGUGGAGAAGAACCUAAGUGUCGGUCCGGAGAUGUCAACAGAAAAGGUCCUCGGGAUGUGGUGGGACACUACAACUGACACCUUCACAUUCAAGUUGUCACCGAAACACGACGCGGAGCUGCUAUCUGGUGCCAGGAUACCUACGAAACGGGAAGUCCUUAGAACCCUGAUGACAGUGUACGACCCUAUGGGGCUCAUCGGUAACUUCCUGAUCUACCUCAAGAUUCUGCUGCAGGAGAUUUGGCGCUCCGGAUCUGGCUGGGACGACGAGAUCAACGCACGACUAACCGAAAAGUGGCUGACGUGGAUCGAAACUUUGCCGAACGUCCGACAGGUCAGGAUUCCUCGCUGCUACCGUACUACGACAUCCGCUGAAUCCAGUAACAGCAUCGAACUCCACAUCUUCUGUGAUGCCAGCGAGAAUGGAAUGGCUGCCGUAGCAUACUUCAGAUUCGAGGAAGAAGGGAAGGUGGAGUGUGCUCUGAUCGGAUCGAAAACUCGUGUGGCGCCCUUGAAAUUUCUCUCGAUUCCUCGCCUCGAGCUGCAAGCCGCAGUAGUUGGAGCACGUCUCGCCGGGAGCAUUUGUGCUGGCUACGGUCUGAUCAUCGGCGCUAUAGCCAAUUUGUGGCCUUCAGGGUCAGCGAACUGCUCGAUACGACGGAAGUGGGAGAGUGGAGAUGGCUGCCGACCAAGCAGAACGUAG